GCUCCUGAAAGGGGGACGAGCGAGAUGGGAAAAAUAGCAGGAAAAAAGGCUUUUUUUUAAAUAACAUGCCACCAGAACCUCUGCAUGGUGACAAAGAUUAUCUAAAGCAGCUGGGGAUUUGCAAAAGAAGACUUCAACAGCAGACACGUACUUAUCUCUAAACCAAGUUCAACGAUGCAUUAGAGGAAGUUGGGCUGGCUGCAGGGAGAUCUCACACCGAAGGAUGAACAGUGAAGAGGAGUUUUAUGAUGCCGUUACGGGCUUUGAUUCUGACAAUUCUUCAGGAGACUUUUCAGAAGCAAAUCAUAAGGUUGCAGAAAUGCUUGAUCUGGAUCCACACCAAAGCAACAGGACUGGAAAGCAUAACGGAGAGACAGAGAUUCAAGAAAAUGGAAUUAAGAGGCACAGGACAUCAUUACCUGCCCCUAUGUUUUCUAGAAGUGAUUUUAGUGUGUGGAGCAUAUUAAAAAAAUGCAUUGGACUGGAGCUGUCUAAGAUUACAAUGCCUAUUGUCUUCAACGAGCCAUUGAGUUUCCUUCAACGGAUAACAGAAUAUAUGGAACAUAUAUACCUCAUUAAUAAGGCUUGUAGUCAUACAGAUCCCCUGGAAAGAAUGCAGGCUGUAGCUGCCUUUGCAGUUUCUGCUGUAGCUUCUCAGUGGGAGAGAACUGGCAAACCAUUUAACCCACUCUUAGGAGAAACCUAUGAAUUAACCAGGGAGGAUUUAGGUUUUAGGUUUAUAUCUGAGCAAGUCAGCCACCACCCACCUAUUAGUGCAUUUUAUUCUGAAGGCCUCAAUAAGGACUUUAUUUUCCAUGGAUCAAUCUACCCCAAACUAAAAAAGAGUAUAGAAGCAGAGCCUCGGGGAACAAUAACCUUGGAGCUUCUGAAACAUAAUGAAGCUUACACAUGGACAAACCCAACGUGUUGUGUACAUAAUGUAAUUAUUGGUAAACUGUGGUUAGAACAAUAUGGAACAGUAGAAAUUGUAAAUCACAGUACUGGAGAUAAAUGUGUCCUUAAUUUUAAACCGUGUGGACUGUUUGGGAAAGAGCUUCACAGAGUAGAGGGAUACAUUCAGGACAAGAACAGGAAGAAGCUGUGUGUGAUCUAUGGCAAGUGGACUGAGUGCUUAUGGUGCACUGAUCCCACGACAUAUGAGACUUACAAAAAGAAUGAAAAGAGGGGUGGUGAGCAGAAGAAAUCGAAGCCGAGUGAAGAUGUUAUUAAAUCUGAAAACGAUGAGGCUGAUGAUAUGCCAGAGGUUCACGACACGGUGCAGUUCAUACCAGGCAGUAAGCUGCUCUGGAGGAUAAAUUGUAGGCCACCCAACUCAUCACAGAUGUACAAUUUCACCAGUUUUGCUGUGAGUCUCAAUGAGCUGGAAAAGGGCAUGGAAGCAAUCCUAGCUCCCACCGACUGUCGGCUGCGUCCAGAUAUCAGAAACAUGGAAAAUGGAAACAUGGAUGUGGCCAGCAGAGAAAAAGAGAGACUAGAAGAGAAGCAGAGAGCUGCUCGCAAGGAGCGUGCGAGGGACGAGGUGGAGUGGCACACACGAUGGUUUCAUCAAGGCACGAAUCCAUACACGGGGACUUCAGAUUGGCUGUACUCAGGUGGCUAUUUUGACAGAAAUUUCUCAGACUGUCCAGACAUAUACUGAAAUGCCCGAACCACCCGCUCAUCUCAUCUGGACAUCUAGUUACUAGAUUUCAUUCCAAGCCAGUUAUUCUGGUUUUGUUGAUAGCAAAAACCAGCUUUUCUAAGUAAAUUUUAACAAAAAUUCUAUUGGUCAACAAUCAAGGAUUUAAUUAUCACUAACGUCGGAUUGCCAAAUAUUUAAAUGCUGUUGCAUUCUUUCCAUAAAGCUGCACCCGAAAUCAUCAUAUUUUCACUAAUUUUUCAAAGGGGCCUUUGGUUCUUCAGGUUUUUUUCCCUAGUUUCUUUGUCAGGAAGAUACGCUGUAUCUGGUAGAGCACAUAACAUCCUUGAAAACUAGGUAACUUAAAUAAAAUAGAGAUAAUAUCCUUGUUACUUAGUACAAUAGUGAAGAACCUGAAGUUUUUGGAACUCAAAGCAGGGAUGAAAAGCUAAAAUGGUACCACCAGGA